UUUGUUUUGUUUUGCUCAGCGUGCGGUGCCCUUAGUACUUUUUCUGGCGGAAAUGGGCAAGAGCAAGAAGCAGGUGCGCGAGUUCAAUGCCGCCAAGGAAGCUGUCGAGGCCACUAAAGCCCAGUUGAACACUUGCAACGAUGCCUAUACGAGCGGGGCCUUUAAAUAUCUGAGAUUCCUUGUCCAUCUCCUGGCGGCAGCGCAGUUUUCGUAUGGGAUAUACUUCCACUACUUCCGGGUGCACUGGCCCACGGAUUUGCUAGACGAGGAUGAGCUGAAGGCGCGCUGGGGCGGCAAGUUCAAGUACCUUACCUUUUUGGACGUCAUUCUGCAGGCCAUCUACCACUCAUUGGCUCUGCUGAACGAUCUCUUCGGCGAUAACAAGGUCUCCGGGAAUUCAAAGUCCAUGUUGCGAUCGGUGAGGGACUACGUGUUCGCCGCCUUUGCCUUCCCUGUGGCCCACAAUGUCUGCCUCUCGUUUUGGGUCAUCUACGUAUGGGACCGUGAGCUCAUCUUUCCCUCAGCGCUGGAUGCGAUUUUCCCCAGCUGGUUGAAUCACGUGGUACACACGAAUGUAGCCCUUUUGGCCAUUAUGGACCUGUUUACCUGCUUCCGCCGCUAUCCGAGUCGAUUGGCGGGCAUCACGGGCAACGUCUCCUUCAUCCUGCUUUACAUCAUCUGGCUGCACAUUGUUCGCUACUUCAGUGGCGAGUGGGUGUAUCCCAUUCUGGAAGUGCUGCCCGCAUACCUGCGCUACGUCUUUUUGGCACUGCUUGUGGGGUUCAACCUGGUAUGCUAUCUGCUCGGCGAGUUCGCCAACAACGUCGUGUGGGGUCCGGAGUUUAAGCUCCUAAAUCAACAGAAAUUGAAGCAAGGCUAGGUCUCGAGGAUUUAAAAUCGUUUAUUAGUUACACAAAGUAUGAUGAUGAUUUUGUAAACUUGAAGGCACUUUCUGAGGUACGAUUUGUGUGCCCAAAGAGGCUUAUUUAUAUCGUACUUAAAUGUAUAAUCUACAUUCUAAUUCUAAGUCCUGUACCCACGGCAAAGAAAAUUAAUGAAAAUAAAUUAUUAUCCUCUUUGGCAUUUACUUUGGCGUGAGUACCAGGAUUAAGGAAACAGUCAUUCACAAACGUACACAGAGAUUCGAAUGCUUACAAGCUAGAUGGGAAGAUGAAUUUGUAAAAUAAAAUUUGCAGCUUAA